AUGUGGCGAUCAUUCUUUUGCGCCCUCGUGGCCGGAAUCAUUCUACGAAUCGUGAAUCCAUUUGGCAGUGAUCAGACAUCGCUGUUCCAUGUGGAUUAUAUGAUGAAAUGGACAUUCGUGGAGCUUAUUCCUUUUGCAGGCUUAGGUCUAUUUGGAGGUAUUCUCGGCAGUCUAUUCAUUUUCGGUAAUAUAAGGUGGUCUCGCUUCCGUAAAACAUCGAAAACUCUUGGCGGUAAUCCAAUUUACGAGGUCAUUGUUGUGACUUUUCUUACUGCAGCCAUCUCGUACUUCAAUCCUUACAUGAGGAAAAGUGCUUCGAGCAUGAUAAAGCAGAAAAAAGAUUCUUUGCAGCUUUUCGACAGAUGUGGUCCCGAGGAUUAUAUGUUGAAUCUUUGUGAUUACCAGAACAAAACCUUUACAUCUAAUAAAGUUGAUGACAAUUAUCACACCGGUGUUUUUGGAAGUGGAGUUCAAAGUGCUUUUUGGCAAUUAAUAAUGGCGCUUAUUUUCAAGUUUAUUUUCACGAUUUUCACAUUCGGCAUCAAAGUCCCAUGCGGUUUGUUUGUACCUUCGAUUGCAAUGGGUGCUAUUGCUGGACGACUUGUGGGAAUGAGCAUGGAAGGUAUCUUCCAAAGCUUUCAGACUCAAGGUGGCCAUUCAUCCUAUUGGUCUUGCCAAAUUGGGAAGGACUGCGUUAUGCCCGGACUGUACGCCAUGGUGGGCGCUGCGGCGGUAUUAGGUGGCGUCACCAGAAUGACUGUCUCCCUUGUGGUUAUCAUGUUCGAGUUGACAGGCAGUUUGGAAUUCAUCGUACCUACGAUGGUUGCUACGAUGUUUUCGAAGUGGAUUGGCGAUGCAAUUUGCAAAACCGGAAUUUAUGAUGCCCACAUUGAGCUGAACGGUUAUCCAUUUUUGGAUAACAAGGAAGAAUAUCCUUACUCAACCAUUGCUAUACAGGUGAUGCGUCCAAGUCCAGCUGUUGCGCCUUCUAGCAUUGCACCGGAAAACCAGCAGGAACGAAAUGAUUUGGCUGUGAUAGUUCAGGAUGGAAUGUCUGUCGGUGACAUUGAACAACUGUUACGAGAAACUAACUUCAACGGAUUCCCUGUUGUUGUAUCUACA